ACAGCUGCAUGCGUAUGGUUUCGCAUUGAUUGACCACUGUUGACAUUCCUGAACUGUUGUUAGCUACAAAAUGGAGGACGCUGUGAUGGCACAACUGUUGGGGAUGGGAUUUACGAGUGAGGACAUCACUGCCUGUCAGAGGGAGCUCUCAGCUCAGGGUUGCUACAACGGCAGCAGCAAGCCUCCACAGGUCAAAGUUCAACCAGGCGUCUCGUUCUCACUGCACCUCCUCGUGAGGUUGCUAUGGAAACCAAACCAAUGUCGUCAUCCAGUGAUCUGUCCUCCCAAAGUCACGAUAAACCACUCAAAACCAGGUACAUAGUGAACGAGGAUCACAGUCGAGACAAAGAUCGGUUUGCGGCUAAAGAGAGAGAGGAGGCAAUAAAGAGAGCAAAGGUGAUGCGCUUGGCCGACAUCAAAGCAAGGCAACAAGUGAUGCAACAUAUCGAAGAAGAUAGAAAGGCUAAAGAAGCGAAGCUAAAGUCUCCCACACAACCAAGCUCUGUGGCUCGUACCCUACAGGACGCUUCUUCACAGUCAGCUGACAGCCACAUGACCAGGUCACAUGACACUUGCCGGCUUCAGAUACGUCUGCCCGAUGGUCGAGUAUUAAGACAAAGCUUCCCUACAUCCGCUAGUCUUAGUCAAAUUGUUGAGCUUGUUAUGGAGAGCUGUUCCGAUUGUGGGAGUGUGCAACUGAUUCAGCCGUACCCUCAUCGUGAGUUCACUCUCUCUGAGUAUCAAUGCUCUCUCCAGUCACUCAAUCUCUGUCCCUCUGCCUCGCUCGUCGUCGCUAAGCAACCAGCCUCGUUAAAAGUGGACUCCGAACAAUCUGCAACAGAUUCUAACGAACUAAUUGACCAAUCAGAUGACAGUAGUUCUGCUCAAGCUGUCGCAAACCCUCCGAAACAACGAAGAGUUAUGUUCAAUACAACUCAAAGUUCAAAGGGCAAAGGUCAUCGACUGGGAGAUGGCAGUGCUAAUACUAAUGAGCCAAUGGAUAUGGAUGUUGGAGGCGAUAAAGAUGAAGAUGAUGAAGAAGAUAUGGAUCAGGAUGACGAUGACGAUGACGAUGCUAAAGACAAUAAUAUGAAUGUGAAUAUGUUCCCCCUUCGUGGUUUUGGACAGCCUCGUCCUGGGAAACCACACCCACUAGCCAGGGGGGCUAAUCGAGUUGUACCUGGUCGUUUUAUGCCCGCUGGUAUGGGGUUUGGAGGUAUGGGGUUUGGUGGUAUGGGGGGUGGUGGCGAGGGGGGCAAUCGUCUGGGGGGCAAGGAGGCGGUAGUGGACAGUGGCGUACAACAACAGGCAAUACGAAUGAGAGAGGCAGCUCGUAGUGCUGCCAUCAGACGUUCUGAGGCUCCCGCCCCUCACACAUGGCACACUCCUCACACCCUCACACAUCACGGACCACCCUCUCUUGAGGAGCUCUCCACACGAGCACUACUCACACUCAGUAGCAGUUACGGUAUGCCGUCGUGUAGUCGGCUAAGCCCAUUGGUCGCUCGUAGAUUCAUGAGGGCACUAAAGGACAAGAAGAGGCUUAACGUCAAAACACUAGCAGCUUUCCACGGAUGUCCUGUUCAAGUGAUAGAGUUGGACAACUAUAUCUACACUACCAAUGAACUACUACAAGCUCUGUGCUACUUCCCCAGUAUCACGUCACUCAGUUUGGGCUCUUGUUCCAUUAUCACAGACAGAGCCAUCACAUCACUGCUUCCAUACCUUCAUGCACUGACCUCACUCAAUCUCAACGGCUGUAGACAACUGGACGAGGUCAUCUGUCGAGGAAUCAGAAGUUGUACUUUGCUGGAGGUACUAAAGUUAUCGGAGGUGAAGGUGACUGACAGGGGGUUUUCCCUACUCCUGGCCACGCCCCUCACACACCUACAAGUGUUGGACCUUUCCAAGACUCAGAUCACAACUAAAUCACUCCGACUAUUACCAGCAGGAUCACCAAAUCUUGAAUCACUCAACAUUGAAGGAACAACCAUUGAUAACUUCUCUUUGCUGAGUCAGCUUCCUCGACUGCACACACUCAACAUUGCCAACACUCCCGCACACAGUGACGUGGGUACGCUCAUUGGUUGCCGUGGGUUACACAGUCUGAGUCUGGUUGGACUGUGUGUGGAGACAACAGCACUGGAACAACUGAUGUCAGCUCUACAGUUAGAGUCUCUGGUACUACCUGAUCGGAACUACUUCUCUGAUGAUGGGCUCAAAGUUGUGUCAGGGUUUCCGCUGGCCCACCUCAAUCUGAUGGAUUACUGUCAUGUUACGGACCUGGGGAUAUCACAUGUUAGUCACAUGACCUCGCUGCAAGUACUGACUCUGAGUAGAACUAAACUGACAGAUGAAGGAAUGCCGUGUCUAAUGGCAUUGACUGGUCUACAUGAGCUGAGUCUGGACAACACGCUGGUGACUGAUGCUGGAGUCAUGUGCCUCUCGUCUCUCACUCGAUUGGACGUACUCAGCCUCUCAGACACUAAGGUGACCAGUCAGUUUAUCCUGGACGGGUGCCUGGACGCACUGGGCAUGCUCAGUAAGCUCAACCUAAGUCGUACAACGGUGUGUGAUAGUGGGAUGACCAGACUACAGCUGCCCUCUCUCACCAUGCUCAAUGUCAACUGGACCUGUGUGACCGAGAAGACAUCGUUGGAUACACUGCGAAGAGGUUGCCCACUAUUGGAGGUACUGGGGAACAGUAAUAUUGGACAGCCGUUACCAGGGCAACUACCAAUAGAUGGAGAGGACAAUCAGUAAAUGCUAUUUAGCAACAUCUACCAUACAAAAUAUUUUAUCCUGUUGUGUUUCAAUCAUGAUUAUUUGACUGCCAAUGAAAAAUUGAUUUUGAGAA